CCCCCAUACAGCCCGCUACAGCAGGAAGGGACAGGGCCCGGAGCAUGGGAGGGGGGCUGGUGCUGGGACACACAUAGGAGCCACUAGGGGACUCUCUCUCUGACUGCCCCAUCUGUACUCCCAGGGGCCGGUGCUGUAUGAGAGGAGAAAGAGGAAGAGGUGGAGAACGUGUUUGCCAUGACAGUGACCCUUAUCCCAUAGAGCAUCCUACUCAGAGCAAGACUGACCAGAAAGGAGGACAGCGAGGACAGGAAGGAUGAAGUUGUGGGGGAGCUCAGUGUGGCCUUUGCAAGUGGCCCUCCUUUUCGCCGUGGUGAUGUUCUGCGGUUGCCCGGUGUCCGCUGGCAGUCGUAACCACCGGGGACAGACAGCCUCCUACCAGGUAAAGCAGGGGACCUGUGAGGUGGUGGCCAUCCACCGCUGUUGUAAUAAGAACAAGAUUGAGGAGCGCUCUCAGACCGUCAAGUGCUCCUGUUUCCCAGGCCAGGUCGCUGGCACAACCAGAACCAGGCCCUCCUGUGUGGAAGCCUCCAUCGUGAUUCAGAAGUGGUGGUGUCAGAUGAACCCCUGCAUGGAGGGAGAGGAGUGUAAGGUGCUCCCUGACCUCACAGGCUGGUCCUGCAGUACUGGGAACAAAGUCAAAACCACCAAGGUCACACGAUAGCAAGAGAAUCGCUGAGCAGUGACAUCACCAAGUCUCUCAACUGUUAACUCCAUAUGUAAAGAAAGGAUGGCAAUCAUAACUGAGACACUUAGACUGACGAUGAAGGGAAGACUGUUAGUCAUCCCAUCAUACCAAGGUGUGACAAAAACUACAGAACCAUUAAGAACACACUCUGAUUGACAGAGACACUGGGGUAAAGUAUCACACGUACAGCUCAAAACAACUAUGGACUACUGAGUUUAUGGAUACCCAGGGAGCAUACUUUAUGGAUACCCAGGGGGCAUACUUUAUGGAUACCCAGGGGGCAUACUUUAUGGAUACCCAGGGGGCAUACUUUAUGGAUACCCAGGGGGCAUACUUUAUGGUCAGUAAAGACUAUGUCUGAAGACUUUCGAGAAGACCAUGUCGGAAUACUUUUGCCUGUUAAUAGAGAUGGGGAGAUCCAAAGAGAGGUGGUUUUGACCAGUGUCUGAGGAGUUGUAAUGGAUGGCUGUUUUGACUAAGUAUUUGUGGACAUGUGUUGCCGCCAGAGCUCCAGAAGGACUGUGUUAGAGUGUGAUUCUAGGGUUGUUGGACUGGAUCCUGAAUGACUCCAACUAGAGAGUGGAAUGUUGCUGCUCUAUCAGGAUUACUUUCUAUUCAUGAGCUGGGAGGGGGGUGGAGCUCAUCACUUGUGAAUUGCACAUUAUUGUCAAAUUACUCUUGUGGGUCAAGUCACUAUGAUGGAGAUGUUCUCUGAGAGUAAUUUUGCAGUUCUAAUUAGGGUUGCUAAGUAGGAUCAUAACAUAUAAAAAAUUCAUGUAAGAUAUUUGCACUAGUUGAAAACCGUUUUCGGAAUGUUUUGUUUUUCUAGUUAUUUCUAGUUUUUUUUUCUGUAGAUGUCACAUGAAAUUAAAGAGAGGAAGAUAUUUUGUAAGAGUUCUGCCUCUGAUGUUGAAGUAGAAAUGCCACUGCCCUUCUCCCUGGUAGAUUUGCUUAUUAUAAUACUUGUUAAUCCGUGGCUCAGAUUGAAGGGAUAGUUAACUUUGAACAUAGUUCAUUCUAUAGGUCGUUAUCAAUAAAACGUCACAAUAUGGUGCGGAGCGUUCGAUUUGGCUAAGUGCUGUUUUCAAGGGAUUGUUAAAUAAAUGUUAGAACUAUUUGGUUUAAAUAUCAUCCCCUCCUGAAGAGCAUAGUCACAACUACACAUUUCCCAUGAUUCCACAUUUAGAUCUAACAUCAGAGUAGUCUAUCCAUUUGGAAAAUAACUAGCUAGCUAAGCAAACAAUAUAUCACUUUAGCUUGCUUCGUCGGAGAUUAGGCUUUUGGAAAGAGCUUGACAUCGUCCUGGUAAAAUUGUUGGUCGGAUUUACGUUACUGCCAUCACCACUAUAGAUGGCAAGCAAAUCAAAAACUAUUUGGAUAUAGCUAGCCACCUAGUUUAUCUCCUGAAAGUAAGCUUGUUUAACAGCCAUAUUGACAUGAUCUGUUAUUAGCUAGCUAGCCAAUUUGAUGUGGUUCAUCAAUCAAUGUAGCCUAUCAUGUCUGUCAGCCGCAAUUGUGAUAAAAACAAUGUUGAAGAGGGGAUAAUGUUAGCUAACUUCGCUAGGUAUGCCUACGUUGGUUGCCGGAAAAGGUACAUUAGGUGUACUUAACAUUAUGUUUAACAAACUGCACAAAGUUUCUACCGGUAGCUUGCAAAGUUAAUAUUAUCAGAUAACAAUACAUCGGCAAAUGUGGAACCCGCAAAGGAUGGGAAAUGAACCUAAACCACUCAGACUUGUCAGGUAAAGUUCACUUUUAUAUCACUCAAAUAUCCAAUUAAUGUUGGCCAAUAUUGAGAGACAUCGUGGGGCUACCCUCACGUUAGCUAUCUGGAAGGACAUGAUCAAUGAAAAGCAUGCAGUUAUUGCUGUAUCAUUUUGUUGAUCUAGAGCUAAAUGUGCGCAAUUGUUUUGCAUGGAAUAAUCAGACAUUUGUAGUUCUGACUAUGUUCUUCAAGAGGUGAUGAUACAUGUUACAACCAAAUAGUUAACAUUUACUUAACAAUCCCUUGAAAACGGUUUUAGCGGAGCUGGGGUGUCCUUGCCCCCCCCCCCCAGCAGUCCAAAUUAAACAUUCUGCUCCCUUUAUUGUGAUCUAUUAUUGACAGCAACCUACACUUUAAUUCAUUGAGAAGAAGCUAGUAAUCUAGACAUCAUUUGGUCACAGACUCUCUAGAUCAGAUCAUUUUCUAGUUAUUCAUAAAAUAAAUGAAAUGUGUCAUUUGAUUUAACUAACCCUAAAGAGCCUUUUAUAGUGCUUGUCACUAACUGUGGACUAGAAACAUGUGCUUCCAUGUCUCUAGUUCUGUCCAGAAACAAUUUGAAAACUGAAAGUCAGUGAUACCCUUGACAUCUCUUAUGUAAACUGUAAAAUAGAGCACCCAUAAACCAU